AUGGCGCGUAUGAUGUUGGGGCAAUGCUCAAUGACUGUGGUGUAUUGGCGGACAGAGUUGACAAGCUCCAUUGAGCGGCGGCUGAGGCCGCGAAAGCGAGGCGGCUUUUUGCUCGACACCGUUGGUUAUGGGAGGUUGGGAAUCUGCCAGCUCGAUGGCACUGGUAAAGAUUUCAAAGUUCCCUGUGGAGGUUAUCACAACCCUAACCCAACCAUAUUCGAGCUCUCUUCCUUACUGUCGGCCUCAUGUUCUGGAGCAUUGAUCAAGCUUUUUUUGAGCUCCAACGGCGAGACGAGUGCUGUCCCAUCAUCAUCAUCGCGCACUAUGGACAGCGUUGAAUCGGACUUCGAUGUUGUCUUGGUGUGGUCAGUUAUCCUCAUGUCCAUCGGCUACAUAUUUUUCAUCUCGAAAUGUGGUGAACCACCCGUGAGACCUUCCGCUCCACUCCCGAAGAUUCGUCACCUUACUCGCGCGAAAGAACUGCGGAAAGCUCGGCAUCUCGAAGCCCAACGUCUCAUACCCAAUACGAUUUCAUUUCCUUUGCUCCGUCUCCCUCCGGAAAUCACAUCCCUCAUCUUGAAACACUGUGUGGAUUGGCCGGGGACGUAUCUAUCCCUCACCCAAGUCUCUCGUCGUGUCCAAAAGCUUGCGUUUUACACAUGUCUACCCCGAAUCCUGAUACAGCUGACAGACGAACGUCAAAUUCCAUCCUUUGAUCUCUUCUUACGAAAGAACCCUCAGUUAUCACCUCUGGUACGCAACCUCUGGCUGGCUCCUAUGCGAAUUCACCUUGUUGAAGAGGCUCUGCGAAUUUUGAAAGCCUGCAUCAACGUUCAAUCCCUCGCCAGCUUCUCAUUCAUCAUCCGCGAAGCUAUUGCUCUCAGGGGCGUAGUCCGCCAUCGCAAAUGCAGACAGCUGACCAUGCUAUACACUAAUGAAGUGGCGUGGAAGGACCUCCUUGGGGCCCCAGGAGGGCCCGCAUUCUUUCAGCAACUAACACACCUCCGUCUUGUGAGGCACUAUGUGCCGGAGAAUACACCUUUACCGAAGUUAACCCACCUAUCUUACGCGCUUGACCGUGCUGAAUCAAACGUGUCCAUCGGCAAGAAAAUGCUGCGCGACGUCAAGUCUUACCCCUCCCUCCACACUGUUAUAGUGACUAGAGGGUUACACGAUCCAUCACUUGUCUUGAAGCGAUCGACAACCUUGAAAAUAUUUACCUUCGAUGCGCCAUCUUCUGGUACAGAGAUCAACUUGUGGUGCAAUAAUGUGCACAGACGAGCAUGUCGCAUGACUCAUCCAUCCCUCGUCUACCACGAGUUGCUUCCCUCGUUGAGCUCGAUAGAACAAUAUUUGAGCUACUGA